AUGACAUUAGAAGUUGCAGAAACAAUCGCUGACAUCGUCCCUUCAUUCAGACUAGAUGGCAGAAUCGCCGUUGUCACCGGUGGUGCUGGUGGGUUAGCCAUCACUUUAACUAGAGCUUUAUUGAGUCAAGGUGCCCAUAUCGCCCUUGUUGAUUUGAACCAACAAGUUUGUGAUGCUGCUGCCCAAGAUUUGGCUCUUUGGGGUCAAAAUCAAGGCCUAAACCCAUUACCAAACAUUUCAUCAUGGAGUUGUAACAUUGGUAAUGCUGAUGAAGUUGAAUUAACCGUUUCCAAGAUUAAUGAAUAUUAUAAUGACGUUGCAGAUUUAUUAAUCCAUACCGCUGGUUAUUGUCAAAACUAUACCGCUUUGGAAUAUCCAAACCAAAAAGCUGCUGAUUUGGUUCAAGUUAACUUGGUUGGUUCUUAUUAUAUCGCAAAAGCCGUUGCUAAACAUUUAGUUGAUGCUCAAAAACCAGGUUCUUUAGUCUUGAUUGGUUCAAUGUCUGGUGUUAUCGUUAACGAUCCACAACCUCAAGUGGCCUACAACAUGGCCAAAGCUGGUGUUAUCCAUUUAACUAAAUCAUUAGCUACUGAAUGGGCUAAAUAUGGUAUCAGAGUUAACUGUUUAAGUCCUGGUUAUAUCUUGACCCCAUUAACUAAACAUGUUAUUGGUAAUGAUACCACUUUGAAGAAUGCUUGGGAAUCAAAAAUCCCAAUGCAUAGAAUGGCUGAUCCAAAAGAAUUUGUUGGUAGUGUUUUGUAUUUUGCAAGUCAUGAUGCUUCUUCAUACACUACUGGUGAAAACUUGAUUGUUGAUGGUGGUUAUCAAUGUUGGUGA